AAAGACACAAGAUUUAUCAUAUCAAAAUCUACACAGAUCUGUUCCAUUUGUCUGCUUACUAUUUUAAUCCCCAUUUUUCAUUUCCUCUAACAAAACCAAAAAAACACUCUUUUUUCACAAACCCUCUUCAAGAUCCAGUUUUUCUUCAUAAAGAUUGAAUUUUUAUUCAAGAUCCAAUCUUCUCUGCAAGUGAAUUUGAGGGUUUUGAAGGUAAUUAAAGUUAACCCUUUUCCCCUCUCAAUCUCAUUGUUAUAUCUGUAUCUUUAGUCUUACAUUCUUUAUACAGUGCUUAUCUACUUCAAGAUCCAGUUUUUCAUGUUGAUUUUGUGUUUUUUAAUAAAGGGUCAGUUUCAGAUUAGAGGUGAGUAAGCUAUUUUCUUGAUUUUAGCUUAAAAAUCUCAUUUUUAGCUUAAUCUUGAUACUUUGAUUUGGAGACUUUAGAGUUCAAGAUACAAUUUUUCUUGUUGUUUUUGUAGUUUUGAGUAAAGGGUCAGUUUCAGAUGUGUUUUUUAGCUUAAUCUUGGUAAUCUUUUGUUAGAAUUUAGAGUUUUUGUAGAAAUGAAGGAUUCAACAACAGAUCCAAUUGGGCAAAAUUUGAUAAAGGUUAUAAGCAAUGUGUGUUUCUCAGUUUUUGUGUUUUCUGUGCUUAUAAUUACUGUAAUUGCUAUUACAUACCAACCCCCUGAUCCAUGGGAAUCUUCUAGAGCCUUAACUAGGGUGUUUACCCAAAUCGAAAACGCCACAUUCAAAGUUGAUAAUUCUGUCUUAAAAACUGGUGAGGAUGUUGCUAGUAGCCCUAUUGAAGCUCCUGCUGGAGUUUUUACUUUAGUGCCGAUUACUGAAGCUAUUAUCGAGAAAUCUGAAGAGAAUCUGUCGAAUGAGACUUUGAAAUCAGGAUGUGAGGAUGUGAAUGUCGUGAAUUGUUCGGAUCCUCGGGUCUUGUUCACGAUCGAGAGGUUUAAUUUGAAGACCUUCAAAUCCAUUGCGUUUUUGGACUAUCGAACGCCUGUUAACGGGUCGAAACCGAAUGAAUGUGAUGUGGCGUGGAGGUUCCGAAACAAGAAAGAGAGAUCUUGGAGAAAGUACAGGGAUUUCCGGAGGUUUAAGAUUGGUUUUACUGAUGAUUGUAGUUAUAAAGUGGUACAUGCAGGUCGCUGGCAUUCAGGAGGUAAUGCCCGUCGUCCGAGAAUCCGAGUUAAUUCCACUAGAACUAGUACAAGAGCCAAGAUUGCUCCACCAGUUAUAGAUGAGGAGAUCAAUGAUACCAUUCCAAUCAUGGGAUCGGAUUCAGAUUUCAAGAAUGGGAGAUACUUGUACUAUUCUCGGGGUGGCGAUUACUGUAAAGGAAUGAACCAGUACAUGUGGAGUUUUCUGUGUGCUUUAGGUGAGGCUCAGUACUUGAAUCGCACAUUCGUGAUGGAUUUAAGUAUUUGUUUGGCAUCUUCUCACACUAGUAGUCAUAAGGAUGAAGAAGGGAAAGACUUCAGGUUCUAUUUUGAUUUCGAACAUUUGAAGGAGACCGCAUACAUUGUCGAGGAAGGAGACUUUCAUAAAGAUUGGAGGAAAUGGAAUAAGGCACAUAAGAAGAAAAUCUCUGUAAGAAAGGUUAAGGACUACAAAGUGUCCCCUGACCAACUGUUGAAGGAUAAGAGCACAAUUAUAUGGAGGCAAUUUGAUGCCCCUGAACCGGAGAACUAUUGGUAUCGAGUCUGUGAAGGGCCUUCUGCCAAAUACAUCCAGAGACCGUGGCACGCAGUGUGGAAAUCAAAGCGACUGAUGAAUAUAGUAACUGAGAUCAGUGGAAGCAUGGACUGGGAUUUCGAUGCUGUUCAUGUUGUUCGUGGAGAGAAAGCACAGAAUAAGGCGUUAUGGCCCCAUCUUGAUGCUGAUACAUCCCCCGAUUCCCUUGUCACGAAGCUUCAAGGAAUUAUCACACCUUGGAGGAAUCUGUAUGUUGCCACAAACGAGCCGUAUUAUAACUAUUUUGAUAAGCUUAGAUCUCACUACAAGGUGCAUUUGCUUGAUGAUUACAACUACUUGUGGAGUAAUACAAGUGAGUGGUAUAAUGAAACAACACAACUGAAUGGUGGCUCUCCAGUUGAAUUUGAUGGGUAUAUGAGAGUUGAAGUUGACACAGAGGUCCUUUAUCGAGCAAAAUCAAGGGUCGAGACAUUUUACAACUUGACAAAAGAUUGCAAGGAUGGAAUUAAUACGUGCUAGACCACAAGGUGAUAACCUUUAGUGCUCUGUAUACGCCAUUUACACUUGUUUCUGCUGUUUCUAAAUUUGCUUAGUUGUUCUGUAUUGGAGGUUUGAGCUAUUUCACACUUGUCUCGUAACAUAUUUGUACAAUAUUCAGUACCAUAAUCUUCAUUCGAUUGAGAUUCGUUGCGUCUA